AUGGCCCUGAGGGGACCCUGCCCCUUGCUCUUCCUGACCCUGGUCCUGCUGGCCAUCUGCCUGGCUCAGCUCAGCGAAGGAGCCACCUACCAGCAGUUUGUGACCCGACACUUCGACAGCCCCAAGACCAGUGCUGCCAACGACCGGCUUUACUGCAACCUCCUGAUGCAGCGCCGUGGCCUGACCCGCGUCUUCUGCAAACGCCGCAACACCUUCAUCCACGCCCCUGCUGGCAAGCUCCAGGCCAUCUGUGCCCGUGGAGGGACACACGUUAGCCUCAACCUCUACGACAGCCUGGAGUCCUUCAACGUCACCACGUGCCGGGCGCUGCCCCGCUCCCGCCCGAGGCACUGUAGAUACAGGGCUGCAACUGGCAACACCAAGAUCCGUGUGGCCUGUGUCCAGGGGCUGCCUGUGCACUUAGAGCCUACGUACCUGCCAUGA